AAAGUCCGAGGAGGGGUCACCAAAGGUCACUGAUGAAAAAGAAAUGUGAUCGUGGAUUUCUGUGAAAUUUCUGUCGUUUUGUGCUCCCAACAUUUCCCUUUAACGAAUUUAUUCACGUAAAACUGUAGUCGAAGAUACUGUUAAGAUGACGCGAGGCAGUAGAAUAUUUGUUUCACCUCCCUCGAUCCUGGGGCUGAAGCAUUAUUUCCGUUACUGGAAGUGGUUCAACAGGGAUGAAAGAAAAUCAUACAGAUACACCCCAGCCAUGAUUAGCAGACUACCUAAACAUUACCUGGACAGUCUGGACCCCAAACAACCAACACCCGUCCACUACAAGGCAGAACGAGGGGAAGUGGAAAAUACACCCAAAACUGGAGAGAGACAGAAGGUACAGAACAUCCCCCUGCCCUUCUACCCCACCAGGCAGUAUGACACAGGUUUAUGGGGAGGGGAAGGCUUGAUCGAGGGCUUUCGCAGGAGGAACAAUGACAAGAUGAAACCCAGGGUGAAGCACAUGUGGCGUCCACAGCUGAUUGAGCGGCAGUUGUACAGUGAAAUUCUGGACAAGACAAUAACUACAACUGUCACAGCAAGAACGUUAAAUCUCAUUGAUGAGGCCUACGGGUUUGACUACUAUAUCCUUAAGACUCCUCAAGAAGACCUGAACUCCCAGCUGGGCAUGGAUCUGAAGAGAGCCAUGCUGAUCAAGCUGGCCAGGAAAGACACAGACCUCUACCCAACUGAUCCAGAGAAAAGGGACAGGAUAUACAACAAGUACAAGGACUAUGUUAUACCUGAAGAGGAGGCUGAGUGGGUGGGCCUCCGGCUGAAAAUGGCCGUCUUCAAGAUGCAGCAUGAGGAAUACAAACCUCCCGUACCCCUGAUGGAGAAGUACAGGAGACAACUUAUUGCAGACCUCAAAGACCGAUCAAUAAGAGAAAAGGUUGGCCAGGAACCUGCAGUGUUCAUGCCUGGGGCAGGGGGCCCUCAACAACUGGAGACCAAACAGGAGGAAGGGUCUUGGUCUUCUUGGUUAAAACCUUCAAAAUCGAAAGGAGAAGAGUCACCAGAGAAGACUGGAGAUAGAUAGAUAGAUAGAUAUUACCUGUGAGCUUGCAUCAUGUUAUCAAUUUGUAAACUACAUAGACACAAGCACCGGCUUCAAGACUAGAAGUGUCAGCUAAUGGAUGUGGUAAAUCUUUUUCUAAACUUUACCAAUCUAAAAUCAACAAGAAUUAAAACACCCAUCAGACUGUA